AUGGAUUCCGACGACGACUUCAACAGCUCCCAGCUGAGCGACGACGAGAUCAUGGACGAUAGCGAUGUAGCUCUCGAUGACGAUUCCGACUUCGAGAUGGAUCAGGAUGACAUGGGCUUCGACAGCCAAGACAAGGACAUCAAACCCGCGAAACACGCAUACGAAGUCGACUUCAAGGUUUUCAGCCCACAGCAAAUACAAUCCCACCAAGACAAGCAGAUCGAAGAAGUGUCGAACAUCCUCGGGCAGCCGCCAGAAGCCACCGCGAUCCUCCUCCGGCACCUACGAUGGAACAAGGAACGGUUGAUCGACCAGUACAUGGACAAGACGGAGGAGACCCUCGAGAGUGCGGGGCUGGGCGAGUCCUCGGAGUCUAACCCGCCGAAGCUUGAGAAGAUUGCGGGCUUCGUGUGCGACAUCUGCUGCGAGGACGGGCCCGAGCUGGAUACGUUUGCCAUGCGCUGUGGGCAUCGCUUCUGCUUGGACUGCUAUAGGCAGUAUCUCUUCACGAAGAUCAAGGACGAGGGUGAGGCGGCCCGGAUCAGAUGUCCAGGUGAAGGUUGCACGCGGAUCGUGGACUCGAAGUCCCUCGAUCUUCUCGUUUCGGAAAGCCUCAAGGAUAGAUAUCACGAGCUACUUACCAGGACCUACGUCGACGAUAAGGAAAAUCUCCGAUGGUGCCCCGCGCCGAACUGCGUCUUCGCUGUAGAGUGCGGUGUCAAAGACAAGGAAUUGAUGAAGGUGGUUCCAACCGUGCAUUGCGACUGCGGCCAUUACUUCUGUUUCGGCUGCUCGCUGAACGACCAUCAGCCUGCGCCGUGUUCGCUGGUGAAGAAGUGGUUGAAGAAGUGCGAGGACGAUUCCGAGACGGCCAACUGGAUUUCUGCCAACACCAAGGAAUGUUCCAAGUGUAACUCUACCAUCGAGAAGAACGGUGGCUGCAAUCAUAUGACGUGCCGGAAGUGCCGACACGAGUUCUGCUGGAUGUGCAUGGGCGUCUGGUCGGAACACGGAACAAGCUGGUACAACUGCAACCGAUAUGAGGAGAAGAGCGGUUCCGAGGCCAGAGACGCCCAAGCGAAGUCGAGACAAUCACUCGAGCGCUACCUCCACUACUACAACCGAUAUGCAAACCACGAACAGUCUGCGAAGUUGGAUAAGGAUAUCUAUCUCAAGACGGAGAAGAAGAUGACGCAGCUCCAGAACACGUCCGGCAUGUCGUGGAUAGAGGUGCAGUUCCUAGACUCUGCGUCGCAAGCGCUACAGCAAUGCCGGCAGACUCUUAAAUGGACUUAUGCCUUCGCAUACUACCUUGCACGCAACAAUUUGACCGAAAUCUUCGAGGACAACCAGAAGGAUCUGGAAAUGGCCGUCGAGAACCUCAGCGAGAUGUUCGAGAAGCCCAUCGAUCAGCUGCAGGGUUUGAAGGUGGAUAUGUUGGAUAGGACGGCAUACUGCACCAAGAGGCGUAUCAUUCUCCUGGAGGAUACGGCUCAGAAUCUCAGAGAUGGUAUGUUUAGUUUUGAACUCCGCAAAUCUUAG